CAAAAGUACUUUAGAGUGAAACAGAAUUGGUCUGGACACUUUUUGUUGAGGUGAGAACAGCUGUUUGUGUUUUUUUUGUGAGGUUUCCUUUCUUUUUCCUUUUUUUUCUUCUGAAGCAAAAAGGCAGUCCGGUCCACAAGAGAAUGCUGGAGAAAACUGCCGUCUCAUUGGAAGGUGCACAUCUUCACACUUUCACAUGUGGGACUGCUGCAUACACCAAAAUGAUCUGGAUCACUUUAUUUCUGCAUCUUUUUGCAUCAUCAGCUGUGAAUAUUAGCAGUACUAAUCGCAAUAAUCCUGCUAUAUUGACUGGGGAAUCUAAGGACGCCUCUCUUCAAGGCCAAAAAGAGCAUUAUCACAGAGACGCAGACAAAGACAAAUGCACUAUGCCAUGUGAAAUGACUGCAAAGCUAAUGCGUGAUGAGAAACAUUCCUUGUGCAGUAACCUCCAGCAUACCAUAGUGUCAUAUACAAGAAACACUAGGAAGUUGAUCAGAGAUCUCAUUGAUGAACAGCAGAAAGUCUCGGAAUUUCUCUCAAGUCAGAUAAUCGAGCUUAUGGCCAAAGUAAACACACUCAGUUCAGAUGUGCAGAGAAGCAACAGUGACAUCUUUUCCGUAAAGCCAAUGGAGUCCCACGGGAAAGACUGUAGUGACAUCCAAGAGACGCUAGGUGCCGUUUCUCCAAAAAUCCCUAGUGGAAUUUAUAUAAUUCAGCCAGAAAACACAGAUGUUUCCUUUGAGGUGUUCUGUGAGAUGGAUUACAUGGAGGGUGGAUGGACAGUAAUACAGAGAAGGACGGAUGGUCUCACUGACUUCAAACGAAUGUGGUCACAGUACUUGGAUGGAUUUGGACACUUGCCAGGUGAACACUGGUUGGGUUUGAGACAAAUCUUCAAUAUUGUCAAUCAAAGAAACACAUGCUUCCAGCUGCAUGUGUCUCUGGUCUCGCAAGAUGACACCACCACCUAUGCUUCAUACGACAAUUUCUGGCUUGAAGAUGAAACCAAAUUCUUUGCAAUACACCUUGGCAGAUAUGCUGGUAGUGCAGGUGAUGCUUUUCGAGGGUAUGACCAAGAGCAGAAUCAAGACACGGCCCCUUUCAGUACCUCUGACGUUGACAACGACGGUUGUUCUCCAUUCUGCACUUUUGCUGAUAAAGCUGUUGAGAGCUGCAGUGUGAACCAGAACAACACAGGAUGGUGGUUUAACCAGUGUGGCAAGGCAAAUUUGAAUGGCUCACCAUUGGACCAAGAUCUCUCCACCCAGUCACAUAUCCACUGGGACACCUGGACCAAAAAUGGCACGCUUGUCAAAAUCAAAUCAGUGACUAUGAAAAUCAGAAGAGUUGAGAUCCCAAAUUUAAAAUAAAUCGCUGAAGCUUCUGAAGCUUUUGCAUUAAAGUGGAACAACUUAUCAUCUGGAGUCACUAAAAACUUGCAUUUAUGUCUGUGAGCUUUUCUAAAAAAGCAAUUUUGGCAUUGUGAUUUAGUCCACCAUGCUUUUUAAUCCCGGGUCACAGCCCAAAAUAUUCAUAUUAUUGUUUCAAUAUGAAUAUUUCAUCUAUUAUUGUUAUGAAUAAAGGGAAUUGUGUCAUUACUAAAAUGUUUUAUUUACAUGGAACCAUGCUAGAUUAAACCAAAUAAUUCAGUCUGAAAGAAACUGUCAAACUAUGUGAUGGAAAUAUUUUGUGUAAUGGCCUCAGAAGGAGUCAAAAGGGUGUGUUCAACAUAGAAUGUUCAGAAAAGUGCAGACUAAGAAUGCUCAGAUCAAAGACCAUGUCCCUAUGAUUAAAUAAUCCAUACUUACCUAAAAAGUGCUUAAAACAGUAGAACUAACAGUCAUAUGACAAACCAAUGACCAGAUCAGUAUAACCAAUUACAGUGAAGAAGACUUGAGUGACAUUGAUUUUUACUCAACUACUAGGUAUAAAUGUUCAUGCAUCCUUCUGUUCAGGGAGUCUCUCUUGGUUGUUGUGACCAGUGGGCUCCCGGCCGUGAAUAAAACUUUCAUUCCUGCAAAGAGCAACUUGGGAGUCGUGUCUGGUAUAUGCUGCGCAG